UAAAAGGACUCAAGGUUUUAGCUAUAAUUAAUAAAUAUGGAUUUAUCUCUUUGAUGGAAAAGCCUCGAUCAAUGCAAAAAUUGUCUAAUCUUCAAACUUUAAGGUUGCAGAACUGGGAUUUAGGAGACAUCUCUUUUGUGGUAAGCCUUAGAAGACUUGAAAUUCUUGACUUGCGGGGUAGUAAAUUUGAAAAAGUGCCAAAUGGAAUUGAAAAAUUAAACAAGCUGAAGUUGUUAGAUUUGUCAAGAUGUACAAUAUAUGAGUGUUGUUAUGAAGCAAUUGAGAAGUGUUCACAACUUGAAGAGUUGUAUGUUUAUCCACACUUUCACCAUCCAAGAAACACAAAUUGCUAUGAAUACCUUCUACGUACAUCUGCUAUGAAAAAAUUGAGAAGGUACGAGCUACAAAUAGGGGAUUGUGGUGAAGACAUUGAAUUUUGGAAUGAAGGCACAAGAUCUUUAUGCUUGGUUCAGUUAAAUAUCUCUAUGGCAGGUGCAAUAAUCAAAGAUCUUACACAAAGAGCUACUGCAAUUCAAUUUUAUGAGCUUCAAGGAGGCUGCAAAAGUUUCAUUCCUAAUAUGAUUCAAGCUAUGAGAGGCAUGAAUGAGUUAACUAAACUCUAUCUUCAACAUUGUUCAGAGAUAGAAUGCUUUAUGGAUGAAACUAUUGUUCAUGAAGAUGUGAUUGUCCCAAGAUUGAAUGAGUUGGAGCUUAUAGAUAUGGAUAAUCUAAAGCAAAUAUGUCCUGGCCCUUCUCCUCUUAGCUUGUUCCAAAAGCUAGAAAGACUAAGUAUAUCUGAUUGCCCUCAAUUGCUCCACAUGUUCCCUGAUGACUGCAGCUUAGGCAAUCUUAAAUUUCUCGAAAUUUCUGGAUGUCCUUUGUUGACAUCACUCUUCCCUGUCUCUAUUGUUUGCACUCUUUUGAAAUUGCAGAGGCUAUUCAUAAGUGAUGCUCCUCAUAUGAAAUUUGUAUUUGGUGAAAACAGUGAGGAACAACCUGAUCAUGAUCGAAUUGAGACUCAAAUAAUGCUUCCUCUUUUAGAAUAUAUCAAUCUAGAAAAUCUUCCAAAUCUUGCCGGAAUGGCUCUGAAAAGUAUCAUCCAAGGUGCCCAUCUAUAAAGGAAAUAGUAUCGAAGGAUUGUCCAAAUAUGGAAGCUAAGGGGUAUCAAUUAAGGAAUGAUCUUCAUAUCUAUGGAGUAGAAUCCAUUUUCCACUAUCAAACUGGGGUUGAAGAACAAAUGCCAACAUUUCAAUACCUUGAACAUUUAAAUUUGACAAAAUGUUCAAGAUUGAAAUUUAUCUUCUCUACCCAUAUCUGUCAAAGUCUUCCAAAGUUAACUUAUCUAUCCAUAUCUGAUUGUGAGGAGUUGGAGGCAAUCUUUUCAAGGAAUGAAGGAAUUGAGAAGAAUCUAUCCAUAACUAAAGCCUGUCUGCUGAAAUUGGAAGAUCUGGAAAUCUCUAAUUGCAACAAGCUGAAAUUCGUUUUGUCUUUCAUGAUCAAUGAUGCUAACCCAAUUCUUCCACAACUACGCACUCUGACCAUAUUAGAUUCUUCUCAGCUAGAAGAAAUUUUCAAGUGCUCUAAUAUCGAAGAUAAUGACAUUGACCUUGAAAGGCAGAUUAAGUUCCCAAACUUGAAAUAUGUAAGACUUAAGAAGCUUCCAAGACUUGUUGAUGUUUGCCACCUGUUUAAGUUGCACGUCGUGGAGUUUUGUAGACUUAAGGUUGAUGAAUGCCCAAAACUUAUGCCAACUAGGAGUGCAACUAUUGGUUGGAGAGAAAAGAGACUUGAAAGGGAGUAUGUAUUGAAAUGUAGCCAACUAAAUAAUAACGAAGCUCUCACUCUUCCAUUCUCUCUUCUAAAUGCUGGAGAGCUUGCCAUUCAAGGUUCUGUUAUUGUAGACACGUUUCAAAUCAUGGGUAAUGAUGACCAAGAAGAAAUCGAGGACUCAAAAUUUUUGAGAUCAGAACAGCAAAUGCUAGAAGGUCUUGUUCCCACACAAGUUUUGUGCUUCCAAUAUCUCCAUUCCUUGAAAAUGGUUAGAUGCAAAAAGUUGAAGUUUUUAUUCUCAAUAAGCACUAUUGUCCAUAAUAACUUUCUCAAAUUGAGUUCCCUAACCUUAUCUGAUUGUGAGGAACUGGAAGUGAUUUUUGGACAUGGUAGUCAAGAUGAUGUCAACUAUGAUGAGAAGAUUGUGCUUUCAAGCUUGAGGAAGAUAGAACUUGAAAAUUUGCCAAAUUUCAUUCGUGUUUGUCAAGGGAUGCAGAUUCAAGUGCAGAUGAGUGACAUUAGCAUAAGGAACUGCCCCAAAUUUCUUGAUUCUAGUUUGGGAUAUGCUAUUCAACAAUUGGAAACGGCAUCGCUGCAGUUCCCUCAAGCUUCUACAGAAAAUUCAAAUUUCCAUGCUACAACAAGUGUAGAAAAACAAUUAUAUGUAAAUGAAGAAAAAGAGAUGAUCUUGAUCUCAAGAGUAGAGGUGCUGUCUCUGAAGGAUUCGAGGAACUUCAUGUGUGUAUGGGAGGGUCCUAGUUUCCUUAGCUUCCAAAAUCUUUGGCAUCUAAAGGUGAAUGGAUGUAGUAAAUUGAAAUGUAUCUUCCCAAGCACCGUCAUCAAAAGCCUACCAUGUUUGUGGUAUCUACAUAUUGAAGAAUGUGAAGAGUUGGAGGAAAUAAUGUCAUCAGAGCCUCACUUUCCAAAUGCAUCCUCGUCUUCCUUCUGCUUCCCAAAACUUCAUAGUCUUCAAGUCUUAAAAUGCAGGAAGUUGAAAUGGCUCUUCCCCUCUCUGCCCUCUACUCAACAUCUUCCGCUGUUGGAAAAAUUGAGAAAAUUGAGAAUAGAACAUUGCUAUCAGCUAGAGGGACUUUUCAAGUGUGAAGUUGAAAUCCAAGAGAAAGGGUUCUACAACCUACUUCCAAAGCUGCAAUUUAUUAAUGUUGAGGAUUGCCCCAUGUUCUCGCAAACCGCACUCGCUACUCUUCAAAGCUUCAUACACAGAGGGUCAAGCUUCAGUUGGUGAUAAUCAUUUCUCUUAAUAUUACGGAGGAGGAUUUGAAGUGAUAAUGCAAUUAAGCCUUGCCAUGUAUAGGCCUUGUAAGUUUGCAUUUGCCUCUGUUUAAUGUAAUCAAGUAUCUGGAGAUUUGCAAUGUGUGAUAAUUGGCAUUCAAUAUUUAUAACAUUCAUUUUGGCAUGAAGAUACAUUUUAUUCAUGUUGGAAUAACG